AUGGGAAUUCAUAGAAGAACUCGAUUAAACGUUGUUGAUAAUUCUGCAUUGGGAAAGGAAGCUGAUACAACUGGAAAACUUGCGUAUUGUAUUAAUGUUUAUAAACAAGGAAGAAGAGCAAAACAUUUACCACAUGCCGAAUUAGGAGAUAAGGUAAGAUAAGGUUUUCUUUUUUAAUCGACUCAAAAUAAUGGGAAAUCUUAAUCGGAAUUUGAAAAUCGUAAAUGAAAAAUAUUCUAUUACUUUCACGUUCAAAAAAUCGAAAUUAAUUUCAAAAUAAUGGGGAAGAAAUUUAAAACCACUAAAGCUCCAUCAUAGUUUGAUACAAAACAUGAGAAAGUUUCCCGAAAAUUCAUAUAUUUUCAGAAUUUUAAGAAACAAUUAAAAUUUUCAGAUCUUGGUUGCAAUUCGCGGUCAAAUGCGCAAAGCCUACGUUGUCGGUGCGAAUACCCAUGUUCAUUAUCGAAAACACGGUGUGCCAGUAACUGAUAAUAAUAUGAUUGUAUUAUUAGAUGAAGAAGGAAAUCCACUUGGAAAUCGAAUCACAGCUCCAAUUCCAACAAAACUAUUGGCAAAUCGCGGAAAUGUUCAAUUCUCAAAAGUUUUGGCUUUGGCUAACAAAUACAUCUAG